AUGAGGGCCCAGACCUCCAAGGACGAUUCUGGACGACAGGACACUUUGGGAUCAGCUGAAUGGGUCGAUUUCGCCUAUGCAAUCGAAACUUCAAAGCCCUCACAGCAGAUCGAGUUUGAGUCGUUCGGCAAUCAGCGUCCCCAGGGUGUGUUUGGUGGAUACCGCGAUCUGAAGCGUCGUAUUCAUCAGGCUAUCAACUGGCCUGUUACCAACCCAGAGACCUUUAAGCGGAUCGGUAUAUCUACGACACGGCUAGGCUGCGGAAAGACGAUGUUGGUCCAGACACUGGCGUCAGAGUCCAACAUGAACUUCAUCCCUAUCAAGGGGCCCGAAAUCUUUUCAAAGUAUCUAGGCGAGACUGAGGCGACACUACGACGGCUCUUUGCAAUGGCGCGCCAGAUCGCGCCUUGUAUCUUGUUCUUUGACGAGAUGGACUCGAUCGGCGCCAAACGUGGCUGGGGCGGCGAUAGCAGUGCAGGAACCAAUGGCGUCAACGAGCGCGUACUGAGCACGCUGCUAAAUGAAAUGGAUGGUGUUGAGGAGCGGACGGGGGUCUUUGUGAUUGGGUGCACAAACCAGCCGCGCGCGAUUGAUGAUGCCUUGUUGCGACCGGGGCGUUUGGACCAGCUUGUUUAUGUCGGGUACCCUUCGUUGAAGGAUCGGGAAGAGAUUAUUGCGACGAUUGGUGAGCGUAUUCCGUUGCCCAAGGAUCUGGAGAGUCGGCAGGCUUUGGCCAAGAAGACUGUUGGAUUCUCGCCCGCUGAUCUAGAUGCUCUCUUUAGGUACAUUUUUCGCCUUUUGGGGGGUUAA